AUGUGGGGAGGUGGCAAAACGGCAAUAGUAGGAUUGUCGCCCCACACGGCAGAGAUGCGUCUGCUAUAUGAGCAAGCCACGACGACGAUGAGCUGUAGUAGUUUAAACGAGGGAUUGGAACAAAACAGAAUAGGCAGUGAGCGCAAGACAACCAUGGCUGCUAGAGAUAAUGAGCUGUACUUGUACCAUCUGACGUUGCAGAAGCAGACGAAUUUCGUGCACUCGUGUAUUGGCCACUUCGUGGACCUGGACGCAGGGUCCAAUAAUGGCCAGUCGCAACUGUGCGUUGCCACUGAGACGCACUUAGAGCUCUAUGACACGGCGGAAGGGGAGCUGACACUGAUUACCAGGUUCCAGAACCUGUUCACGACGAUAACAUCGAUGAGGUCGUUGGACUUGCCGCAUGCCGGGUCCACGGCGAAUUCUUCCAAUUGCCCCACUUUCCUAGUGUUGACAUCAGACUCUGGUAAUUUAAGCAUUGUGCAGAUCACUAGGCAUGCAGGCGCGUUCAAAUUAAGGACGUUGGUGAACCAGCCGUUGACCAGGACCACUCUGCGGAGGGCCUCUCCAAUUUCGUACAUGGAAGUUGACCCUAAUGGGCGUUGUAUAAUCCUGUCGUCUGUAGAACAGAACAAACUAUGCUUUCUUGUGGACUUUGCACGAGAACUAAGGAUCUCGUCGCCCUUAGAGAUCAUCAGACCUCAUAUGAUCACGUUAGAUAUGACCGCAUGCGAUGUGAAUUUCAACAACCCGUGCUUUAUUGCCUUGGAAAUGGACAGCAUGGCUGCUUCACUCUCGGUACAUUUGAUAUUUUACGUUUUGGAGUUGGGGUUGAACCAUAUUGUUAAGAAAGCUGAUUAUUCAGUCAAUCCGUCUGCUAAUUUCAUUUUGAGUUUACCGGAUUUGUCGAAGUAUAAUAUAACAACCUCUCUGAAUGAUAAUAACUACGAUCGUGACGAAGACUCUUUGUUYAAUCCCUUUGUUGUAAUUGGAUUUGAAAAUCAUAUACUGAUCAAGGACAUGAACGGUUUCUAUAGUUUGAAAGUACAAAUACCACAAAGGGCCGCUGCAAGCAACCCCCAGAAAUCUGUAACGAUCAUCUCAGGUAUUGUACAGAAGCUUAAAAAUGACUUCUUCGUACUCCUGCAAUCUAACUACGGUGAUCUUUUUAAAUUAACCAUAACUCCGGACAUUAAUGAUAGAAAUAGACCUUUGGUUAAAUUGAGCUAUUUUGAUACAAUCCAAAAUUCCAACCAAUUACACAUUUUUAAAAACGGUUAUCUUUUUGCACUAUCUGAAAUGAAUAACAACUUUCUUUUCCAGUUUGAAAAACUAGGUGUAGAGAAUGACCUCUCCAAGAUUCUAACCUCAAAAGAUCCAAAUAAACCGCUGGUUUUCCAACCAUCUACCAACCUGCAGAAUUUGAGUAUCUUGUCCCAACAGUUAAAUUUGAACCCAUUAGGUAGCUCCCAGAUUUCGAAUGACUCGCCUUUAUCUAUCGUUACUCAACAUCACACAAACAGUAAGCUAUUAACCUUAACAAGCGGUGUAAAUUACUCUAACCUGAUCUCCACUAAUUUGCCACCCAACGCAACAAAAUUGUGGUUGAUACCUCAUCCUGCAGCCACUAACAAUAACAACAACCUCUUGUUCAUUAGUUUCCCUAAAAAGACGAUGAUAUUACAAAUUGACAACGAGUCUAUGGAAGAAUUAACCCCUGAUGAAGUUGCACGUUCGACUUUCAAACUAUCUCAGGACACGACGAUUCAUACCUGUUUGAUGAGCUCACAUUCUAUUAUUCAGGUAUGCACUACAGAAUUGAGACAGAUUGUACCAAUUGAUAAAACCGGGUUCUCUAAUAAAUUGACAUGGGUGCCUCCAGCAGGUAUUCGUAUUAUAUGCGCUACAUCUUCAAAAACCCAAUUGAUCGUAUCACUAUCAAACUACGAGCUAGUCUAUUUCAAGAUAGAUAGUUCCUCGAACUCAUUGAUUGAGCUGACUACACAUCCGGAAUUGGACACAUUGCCUUGUAAACUUGCCGUCGAGCAGGAUAGCCAGCAUAGUGAUUUAUUAGCCAUCGCUGAUGAUGAAGGUAUGAUCAAAAUAAUGUCUCUUAGAGAUCAAAAGGAAGAUUUCUUAACAGUAAUAAGUUUGCAGUUGGUUAACGAAAAAGUCUCUGACAUGAUCAUGGUUAGAGAUCCCUUAACUAGAUUGCUAAAUUUGCAUGUUGGUUUAGUGAAUGGUGUCUACAUGAGAUUUCACAUACAAGAAAUUGAUGGAUUGUUUACUGAUAUAAAAAGACGAUUUCUUGGUUUGAAACCCGUUGUACUGUCAUAUCUGAAUAAGAUAUCUAUGUCCCUAAAUGAAGAGGAAGAGGAAGAGAAAGAGGAAGAGGAAGAGGAAGAGGAAGAUGGAAAUGAAAAAAAAUGGAUUUCAUGCGUUGUUUGCCAUUCCGCUUCUACGUGGGUAAGCUACACGUGGAAUAACAUGUGGAAUAUACGGCCAUUAAACGGCCAAAACAUGUUAAGCUGCUCCAAAUUUGUUAACGCAGACGUACAAAUAAACGGUGUUUGUUCGAUUUCUAACUCAGGGCAUUUAAACAUCGGCCAGGUUUCCGGUUUUCCAACGUGGGAGAAGUGGUUUCAUGUGGAUGAAGUAAGUAUCGAGGAACAAGGGGACAAGAAAGAGGAUGAUGCUGGUGAAGAAAGCGAAGAAGAUGAUGAAGACGACGAGGAAGAAACAUUAAAAAUAUCCACAUUCCAACCUCGUACUAUUUUGUCCUUCCCCAAUAAACCGAAACAUGCUUUGUUCAUCGAGAAUCAUACCGAAGUACCACAAUGCCGUAUAUCAUUAAAAAUCAAUGACGAUUGCAUAAAGCACGCAAAUUCAGAUCGCUCAUUUAAACUAUUAGACAAUGUGCAUUGCAUCUCCGCCACGAUAAUAGACUUCGGGAAAAAGGUCGACCACCUUGUAAUCUCUACUAAAGACAAUAGAUUGAUGACAUACCAAGUAUUGGUAAAUAAGGACAAAUCAUCUUUCGACAUUGAAUUACUUCAUCAAACAAAAACUUUAUCACAAAUACAUUCCAUGCUGAAAUUUAAGAAUCAUUUGCUGGCCGCCAUAGAUUCCACUAUUAUCCUGUAUGGCUUAGGUAAAAAACAAUUACUUAGAAGAUCUGUAACCGAAACACCAGUAUCAAUAACUAAAAUUGUAUCUAUGGAUCAGUGGAAUUACGAAAGGUUGGCUGUUGGGGAUAUACAUGAAUCUGUCACGCUAUUUAUUUGGAAUCCCACAGGGAAUGUUUUUAUUCCAAUGGUGGACGACUCCAUUAAACGUCAUGUAACAACUUUAAAAUUUUUGGACGAGGCAACAAUUAUUGGUGCCGAUAAGUUUGGAAAUGCCUGGACUUUAAGAUGCCCGUCAGAGUGCGAGAACAUCAUAUCAAGUCAUGAGGCUAGUGAAUUAUCAGACGGUACCAUCAAGUACCCAUUGAAUUUGAUCAAUUUACAACAGAGGUUACCUAAUACGUAUGAUUGCAAAUUCAAGUUUGAUGUACUAAACCACCUCUACGUUAAUGAUAUCAUCAUAAAUUUUCAUAUUUUGGACAGCAUCUCAAAUUCUGAUAGGCCAGGUUGUAUCUAUAUGGGUUUACAAGGUACUAUUGGGUGCUUUAUUCCAUUAUUAUCCAAGGGGAAUGUUAUGACCAUGAAAAAGAUCGAGAAAAUAAUGUCAGAGGCUGAUGAUACAUUUUAUAUGGAGUAUGAAUCAAGAAAAAAAAAUAAUAAUAUGCACAGUGAAGAUGACGAAGAGGAACCCGCCAGUGUCGUGUUACACAGGCGAGGUGAUAUAAUUGAUGGAACGAUAUGCGAAGGAUCGUAUUCCAUUGUAGGCAGAGAUCAUCAAAGCUAUAGAAGUUAUUAUGCUCCUGUGCGUAAGGUUAUCGACGGUGACCUAUGUGAAAAUUUCUUGAGACUUUCACUAAACGAACAAGAAUUUUUGGCCAAAGAUCUGAAAAAUAUUCAAAUCAAUGAUAUAAUUCAAAGGAUAAAUGAAGUUAGAACAAAUUAUCUUUAG